GCAUGCUUUUUGUGAAUUCAAUCAUAGAGCACCAAUUUGAAGCCAAUUUUUUUUUAUUAAAUUGGAAUUUUCAAGAAGUUUAUCAUAACAUGGCUUUGAUAUAUUACCAUGUUGACUAAUCCCAGCCAACCACUCUCUCUCUCUCUCUCUCUCUCUCUCUCCUGGAGUCUUGGUGAGACAGAGAGAUAGAGAGACUCCUUUUUCAGUUGUUGUUGUGUGCCUCUCUAGUGGUAAACCCACAAAGCCUCUCUUGUUCUUUCUCUCUCUUUAUCUCUCUUCAGGCUUACAUGCAUGAAACAAUUAAGGCAUUCCUUUUCGCCCAUUUUGCUGGGAUUUACAUAUCAGAAAGCUGGAGCUCUCCCAUGUCUGCAGCUCUCUCUCAAAUUCUUUGCAGCAACAAGGAUUAAUUAGCAGCUCUUUUCAUUUGUAAAUGGUACUCAUCACCACACAUACUUCUGCUUUGUACAGUUCUACUUCUACAAGCAAAGAUACCAAAAAGCACUACAAAGUGGCGACACUCACAAACUCCUUUUAUGAAUCUGCCUGCUUUCUUUUGAUUACAACUACAAAGGACAAGAAUCUUUUCAGUGGUGAAAAACUAGAUACCAUCUUCUAAUAUCAAUCCAUAGAGGAUUGUAAAAGGUGCUGAACAGGAAACAAUGGUGAAGAUUAUGAUGGAACCCUUGUUGGAUGAAGAGUGAGGUAAGAUAUUGUAAGGGCAUGUUCCACUGUCCUGAAGUGAAAAUUACUUGUCAACUUGGGGGUAAAGUACAAGAAAACUGCAAAAAUGAAGUUCAUGAAAAUUGGAACACGGCCGGAUAUCUUCUACACAGAAGAGGCUACAAGGUCUGUGAUUUCGGAUCUACCAUGUGAUCUUGUCAUACAGAUCAACAACAUUACCUAUCUUCUCCAUAAGUUGCAGUUUCCACUUCUACCAAAGUGUGGCCUUUUACAAAGACUAUGUUCAAAUUCCGAUGAUUCAAGCACCAUUACAUUAGAGCUUCAUGACAUUCCUGGGGGAGAAGAAGCUUUUGAGCUGUGUGCCAAGUUUUGCUAUGGCAUAACAAUCAAUGUCAGUGCACAUAAUUUUGUCCCUGCUUUUUGUGCAGCCAAGUUCCUUCAAAUGACUGAAUCAGUUGAGAAGGGAAAUUUUGUUCUGAAACUCGAGGCCUUUUUCAAUUCGUGCAUACUCGAAGGUUGGAAGGAUUCCAUUGUCACUCUACAGACCACUGCCAAGUUGACUGAGUGGUCGGAGAACCUUGGAAUCAUCAGAAAAUGUAUCGAUUCAAUCGUCGAAAAAAUCCCUACCCCACCAGCGAAGGUCACAUGGUCCUACACUUAUACUAGGCCAGGAUACAAAAAGACCCAGCAGUCUGCCCCAAGGGAUUGGUGGACAGAGGACAUAUCUGACCUUGAUAUAGAUCUCUUUAGAUGCAUAAUCACUGCCAUCAGAUCAACAUAUAUACUGCCACCACAGCUUAUAGGUGAAGCAUUGCACGUAUACGCUUCCCGUUGGUUACCAGACACUACAAGGACUAGAUCCCCAGAGAGUUCAAUGUCUCAAACUGAUGAUGUUACAGAAAAGAAUAGAAGAAUUCUUGAAGCUAUUGUGAGUAUGAUUCCAGCAGACAAAGGAUCAGUUUCAGUUGGUUUCUUGCUUAGACUUCUUAGCAUUGCAAACUACCUAGGAGCAUCCCCAGUUGUGAAGACAGAACUCAUAAGGAAAUCUAGUCUGCAAAUAGAGGAGGCAACAGUGAGCGAUUUGGUCUUUCCUUCACGCGCAUCCUCUAGCCAGCAUGUUUAUGAUAUUGAUUUGGUUGUGCAAGUGAUAGAAAGUUUCUUGAUGAGAUGGAGAAGACAAACCCCUGAAACUGUGGAAAAUACUCAACUUCUUAGAGCAAUUAGAAAGACUGGAAAGCUCAUUGACACUUAUCUGCAAGUUGUUGCAAGAGACAAGAACAUGCCUGUGCCAAAAGUAGUAUCACUUGUUGAAGCUUUGCCAGAUAUUGCCAGGAAAGAUCAUGAUGACCUUUACAAGGCCAUCAACAUUUAUCUCAAGGAGCAUCCUGAUUUAAGCAAGGCAGACAAGAAGCGACUCUGCAGAAGUCUAGACUGCCAAAAGUUGUCUCCAGAAGUGCGAGCCCACGCAGUGAAGAACGAGCGGCUUCCAUUGAGAACAGUUGUUCAAGUUCUCUUCUUUGAACAAGAUAAAGGUUCCAGGACAACUGAUCCCAGAAUGCUAACCCAGGAGUUAUUCUCCAGAGGGAAACAGAUGCCAAUACCAGUAGACGACCUAAACAAGCUACAUUUAGGAGGAGAUGAGCAAUCUGUCAGGACAGAUGGAACGAGAAGAACUCCAGUGCCUGAAAGCAGCAGCAGAGAUUAUCGAAAAAAGAAGAGAUCAGACAGAAACUCACAGCAGCUUGAACCUGAAAUAGAGGAAGUAGAGGGCAAGAAGGGGAAGGAUGCUAGAGAAGAAGGAAGUUCUGGAAGCAAGUUAGAUCCCAAGAAAAUAAUACAAAGCAGAAGUAGAUCAGACCAUGGACGUGAUAAAGGUAGAGACAGGUAGCGAAAUGAAGAGCAAAACCCAUUUGUCUCUUUGUUUUGUACUGGUGUAAUUCUGUUCUUUCUGUAAGAAAGGUUAAAUUUUCGAACUAGUUUCCUCAUUUGCGUCGGUAUAUAGAGUAAUUUAGACCCUUUGGUAGCUUAAAGUUUUAUUUAUUUAUUUUGAUCUUCUUGUAGUAUGUUCAUCAAAUCGUCUGCUUAAGGGUCGGACCUAUAAUGAUAGUUACUUUCAUCUUUUUUGUGAAGUAAAAAGUUGUUGGAAAGUAGGAAAA